GCAGCCACCACACCCCCACCAAAGAGGGUCUCUCUCUUUCUCUCUCUCUCCCUCUCUCACCCACUGUCUGUCUAUCUGUCCAGCAGAGAGAGCCUGACAGCGCACAGUGCUGAUGCUCAGUUCAAGUCAGGGAGAGAGAAGAUGGCAAGCAAGUUUCCCAUGGGUUCCUGAAUGGAUGCAUACACGUGCAUUUCGUCAUCCAUAAAUCAGCGAGAAAACUAAAAGAGUGACAUUUCAUUGCCAAUGUGAAGAAGACAACCACUCAUCUGUGUUUCUAAAAUUAAUGAUACACAGUUGUUUUAGUUCAGCCUUUAUGUUGGCCAGAUUAUCGAUGACGACCAUACCAACCCCCCCCACUACAGUGGCGAUGACAAAUGAUCCAGAUAAGAACAGUUGUGUCGCAGUGACUCAGGAUGACCAUCUUGCCAGUUUGAAGGCCUUGGCUGAGAAGCUACAUCUGGAGCCAAGAAGGCCUUCGCACUUAGAAUGGAGGGCUCAGCUAGAAACUCACAGAGUUAAAGGCCUGGAAGCCUCAGUGGCUGCUAAAGAAGGGCAGCUACGAGCUUGGAGUUCUCUGAAGUGGCCAAAGCCCUCACUGAAUUUUACAGUGCACCAGGGACAAAGACACCCUUCUGAGAGCCUGAAGGGGUUUGGAAGUAUUGGCGAGGCACUGGAAUGGCUCAAGAAAGAGCUGAGAGAGAUGCGUGUGCAGGACCAGCAGCUAGCACGCCAGUUAAUGCGUCUGCACAGUGAUCUUAACAAGCUGAAAAUUGAACAGGCAUGUAACCAGCAUCGAAAGAUGCUGAACGACGCCACGUUUGAACUGGAGGAGCGGGAUGAAAUGCUGGAGCUGCUCUGUGAUGGUCCUGUUGCUUCUGGAUUCAGCCUUUCAGCACCACUCAAACUCCUUGGCAUCACAAAGAUGAACAUCAACUCCCGCCGCUUCUCCCUAUGCUAGCAGCCAUGGGGGGAAGCUGAGACUACACUGUUAGAAAUAAAGGUACUGUGCAGGUACAUUUUUCAUUCAUCAAGGUACAAACACAAUGUAAAUGUGCCAUUAAAGGUACAACAAGGGUCCAUUUGUAGACCAUAAAUACAUAUAUGCCAGGUAAGAAGUACAUGUUUGUAACCUUUCAUAACCUAAUGGUUCAAAACAGAGCAACAACAAAAAGCCAGGAGAUGAGACGGGGUGUGUGGAGUCAGUAUAACUUAGAAAAUAUACUUUUAAUGGAUUAUGGUACAGUUAUGUUCCCUGAAUAAAGUUACUGAGAUGUAACUGCCACCCCAGUGACUGUUUCGGACCUUUAUUUCUGAGAGUGUAGUCUGCAGUUUUAUAUGAGACAUUCCACCAACAGAGCACCUGUUUUUUUCCAACCAUAAAUUUGCAAUAAGUAAAUGGACAGAGCUAUUAAAAACUUAUACAUCUUAUACUUAUACAUCUACGUUAUGUCCCACAAUAUAACUACAUCCCUGUUACUGAAACCUGUUAAUUCUGUGGAGAAUUUCUGUGGACUUUUCCCCUGGCCAUGCUCUUAGAGAGGCUCUUAAUUCUCAUAUAUUUUUAUUUUUUCUAUUUUCUUCUAAGAUUAUAUUAAGAUUAUAUUUGGUGAAUAGAGGAACUGCAAAGUAAGACUUUCAUUGUACAGUGUAACUGCCUGUUCAGCUGUGCAUAUGACAAUUAAACUCUUGAAUCUUGAAUCUUAAUGAUUUCUUGUUUAUCAUGAAAUUUAGCCUAUUGUUUUUUCUAUUCCUUUAGCAGAGUAAAUAGGUUCUGGUAAUAGGGCUGUGCAGAUACUGGAAGCUAAUUCAAAUUACUUAAAAGGCUAAUAAUGCAAAUGUCCAUUAAAGAACAUGUGACUUAUUUUUGUAAAAAAUAUAUAUAUUCAAGGUUCUGUGCAUGUAUUUUUUCAACACUUAUGGUGGGACAAAAGGGUAUCCUGUUGGUGGACUGCUGCACACAAGCCCCAUAUCCUUUUCCUACUUGAUGUUUUAGUGAUAGCCUGACUAUUAGCUGUGUUUUCACAUGAAAAAAGACUCCAAUAGCUGUUUGUUAUCCAAUUAAUCCACUACUAGUGAGAUAGUAGAUCCAAAGCAUAUUUUGUUAGGAAUUUUGUAACUCUUUGUAUAAAGUGAACUAGUAGUUCAGUGGUACAUGACUGAAUAGGCGGAGUAUAACGCAAGUAGAAGGCAUUACCCUUUAAAUGUCUGACAAAUCCAUUCUCUGUGCAAUCAAGGUGUUCUUUCAUAUGUUCUUUCAAGCCUACAUAUCAAGAAAGAAAUGCACAAUGACUAAAAGAUUGUGAUUAUUUACAGAAUUGUCAUUUUUUAAAGCCAUUGUUGCCUGUUAGUAAAUGUCGAUUACACACUGAAAUGUACUUUAUGACGUUGCGAGGCUUCCAGUUUGAACAUUCAAUAACUGUGAAUCAUUCAGUUCUAGAUGGUUAAGAAACCUGAAACUUUGUAGUCCGCCUUAUCUGACUGAAGAGUGUUUGUAUAUUCAUUUCUGGUUUGAAUUUUAUAAUAUCAGUUAUCUUAUAGAAAUGCCUUAUUUAUACAGCUUUCGUGUGCACUCAACUUAUUGUCUUUGCUUUAUUCAAUGAGGAACAUUGGUUGUAAAAGCUUCCACAGUGUGCACAUUUUCAACAUCAUUUGUGUAUGUAACAUUAGUUCAUGAUCUAUUCUAUUUAAAUUUUCAUAUGGUAAUGCUCUUAUAGCUGAGAGCGGUAAGACACCUAUAAAAGAGCUAUAAAGCAUUAAACUGUUCUGCUGCUGAGGCCCUGUGGAUUGGCUUACGCCCA